AUGUCAGGACAUCACCGCAUCACUCUCGCUGCCAACCCCCCCUACUUCGAUGGCGACAAGUCCAAAUACCUGGGCUUUGUGGACGCGUGCACCACUUACAUCGGUGCCUAUCGGUCAGAGUUCUCGCUGGACGAGACGAAAAUCCUCUUUGUCCUGUCCUACCUCCGCAAUGAGAGCGGCACAAGCUGCGCCGCCUCAAGAUGGGCGAUGAACUGGAAGCAGCACAAUUUCGAGGGCUUCCAAGGACUAAAGGCGGGAGUCACCGCGACAAGCUUCUUGGAGGAGCUUCAGAGGGCCUUUGGGGAUUCUAACGCAGAGCAAGUCGCUGCCGCCCGACUCAUGGCCCUUCGCCAGGGCAGACGGUCCUUCGCGGACUACAUCUCUGACUUCGAAAUGCUGGCUGCGGACGCGGGGUACAACGUGGUCGCCUCAACCGAUGACAAGGGCGAGUACAAGAAGGGGGAUCAGGACAACAUCCUCAUCGAGUUCCUCGAGCGCGGACUCAGCAGCGAAAUUGCAAGCCGCCUCUACAACACCGGCGUCCCCCUGCCCAAGGCAUAUGGUGCCUUCAAGAACUGGUGCGUCAACAUCGAGGCCAAUGCCUUGCGCGAUCAGCUGCGUAAGGCAUCCUAUGCGCACUCAACUCCGCGGCCCCCACCCCAAUUCCGCCCUCAGGCUGCACCAUCAGCACCUGCACCCGCUCCGGCCCGACCAGCGGCCAAUGAGCCGGUUCCGAUGGAGAUCGAUCGCACCCACGCCCGUGGCCGCAAUAUCAUCUGCUACAACUGUCAGCAGCCUGGGCACAUUGCGCGGAACUGCCCCGAGCCCAAGAAGAAGCGCACGUUCUUCAAUCGGGCCACAAUGCUAGAAGAGAUCGAGAACGGGGACAAGGACAACGAAUUCUUGAAGGAGAUCGCCGAGAAGCUGCGCGAGAAGGGUUUUUGA